GUUAAACAAUCAAUAAAAACUAAAUAAUUUAAAACUGAAAUUGUUUGACAGGCUGCAUCACUGGACGGAUAUGAAGCAGUUUCCAAGAAAGGAAGUGAGUAUCAUGAUCCUGUUUUUGCUAACAUGUAGAGUAGAUGAUGGAAAUCCUGCAACAGCACUAGCUGACUUAUACUCAAGCAAUGGUAUACAAAUUCCAGGGCUCAGCUCAUCUGUGCUUAAUGUUGUUUCCAAUGUGACAGUCUGGCAUGAAGCUUACAACUACUGUCGGAAGAACAGUUCAGACCCAGCAGCUGUUUCUGCUGUGAAUCAGCUAAUGCAAAAACUAAAUAUUUCUGGAAAGGAUAACUUUUGUACCUAUUUGAGUUUUUAUGAAGUAAAAUGGCAGUGGUCCAACAAGGAUGCAGUUACAUAUUCAAACUGGAAAAGAAAUUUCUUCUGUGGUUUUGUCCAGUCUGAUGGCACCUGGAAUGAUUCAGUCUGUGAUGACCAAAAAACUUUCAUGUGCUACAAAGAAACUAUCAACAUAAGUGAGAGAUAUGUUUGGAUAAAUAGCACAAUGAACUGGAAAAGCGCUCAGAACUACUGUCGAGAGAAGUACAAGAAGGACCUGGUCAGUAUAAGAAAUGAGAGUGAAAAUCAGGAGAUAAUGGAGAAAGCACAAGGCAGUCCCUUCUGGAUUGGUCUGUUCAACAACCCUUGGAAGUGGUCUGAUGGAGAGAAUUCAACAUUUCAAAUCUGGUCACAUAAGCAGCCAGAUAAUUAUUGUCAUAAUGAAGCAUGUGUGGAGAUUUUGUCAGAUGGAACAUGGAAUGAUGCUUUCUGUGGGAAAAUGAACUACUUUUUCUGCACUAACAAGUCUAAAGUGACCACACCAUUCGACUUGGUGAAUUAUUCACUGUCAUGGCUUGAUGCCCAGAGGUACUGCAGAAACAACUACACAGAUUUGAUGACGGUGGAGAGCCAAACAGAAAAUCAGAAUCUGAAAACUCCACAUGAUAAAAAUUAUUGGAUUGGUCUCCGCCGUGAAAAUGAUAACUGGCAGUGGUCAAACAGAAGCCCCCUCACAUACACAAACUGGAAACGAGAGUUUUCAUGUGCAGUGCUCCAGUCAGAUGGUUCUUGGAAUGAUUCAGACUGCAGUGAAGAGAAACCUUUCAUGUGCUACAACGAAACUGAAUACAAUCACACUUAUAUUUGGAUAAAUAAGAGUAUGAACUGGACCAGAGCUCUGAACUACUGUCAAAAGACCUACACAGACUUGGUCAGUAUAAGAAAUGAGAGUGAAAAUGAAGAGAUAAGGAAGAAAGCACAAAACAUGCCUUUCUGGAUUGGUCUAUUCAAGAAUUCCUCCAAGUGGUCUGAUGAUGAGAAAUCAACAUUGACAAAUAACAGCAAUCAAUCACAAUUAUUAGACAACGAACAGCAUCCUGAAAAUUGCACUGAGGUUAAAAUUAAAGGAUGUUGUGUUAUAACUCAAUACAGUACAGAGAAGCACUUAAUUUGCUCCCAGGUUGGCUGGAAUUUGACCUUAGUCAACGACAGUUCCACUUGGGAAGAGGCUGUGGACUACUGUAGAAAUAAGAACUCCAACCUCAUCAGGAUUUCCUCAGAGAUGGAGCAGAAUAUAAUAGCUACAUUAGUAAAUACCACCAAUUCAUCCAAUGUGUGGCUGGGACUAAGACAAAGCCGUGUGUUUGGAUUCUGAUUCUGGAUAGAUGAAACGUCCUUGAGUUACCAAAACUGGACCAGUGGUUCACCCACACAGAUCUCUUCCUCCAACCAUUGUGCUGUCAUCUCUAAAGAUAACA